GCAUUCCACAUCCCUGCUCUACACGUAUCUCCAUAUCUUCAUUCAACCUGUCACACAAAAUUCACUCAACAUGGCCCUCCCACAACUCAUCUCCCCCAAACCUUUCCUCACAGAAUGCGGCAUGGAAACAUGCCUCGUCCACAAAGACAAAGUCCACCUCCCCUGCUUCUCCUCCCUGCCCCUAGUCGACUCCGAGGCCGGCCGCAAACUCAUCUCCCACUACUACAACUCAUACAUCUCCAUUGCCGCGGCCAACGGCACCGGUAUCGUCCUAGACACCCGCACCUGGCGCGGCGCCACGCCCUGGGCGCAACCCAUGGGUCUCUCCACCGACAAACUCCUCGAGCUUAAUCGCGCCGCGGUACGACUAGCCAAGGAAGCCAGGAAUAGAGCCGUGGGCGGGGAGAACAAUAUCCCCGUUGUGAUUAGCGGGACGAUGGGCCCCCUGCGGGACGCGUACGAGGAUACGAGUGAGUCGAUCUCGCUGGAGGAUGCGCGCGAGGGAUACAGGGAGCAGGUGGGGGUGCUUGCGGAUGCGGGGGUGGAUAUGCUGGCGAUUAUGACGGUGACGAAUUUGAAUGAGGCGAUUGCGGUGGUGGAGUUGGCGACGGAGGUGCGGUUGCCGGUUGUGGUGUCGUUUAGUAUUGAGUCUGAUGGGCGGUUGCUUGGUGGGAGGAGUUUGGAGAGCGCGAUUCGGACGGUUGAUGAGAAGACGGGCGGGUAUGUGGUGUACUAUGGUGUUAACUGUGCGCAUCCGGUGCGGAUUUCUGCGGCGUUGCGCGAUGUGCCGGAGGAUGUACGCGGGAGGAUUGGGUUGAUCAAGGGGAAUGCGAGUCUGAAGAGUCAUGAUGAGCUGGAUAAUAGUGAGACUCUUGAUCGGGGGGAUAUUUCGGUCUUUACGGAUGGGUUUGAGGGCGUGUUGCCGUUGGUCCCUAAUGUCAACGUGAUUGGGGGGUGCUGCGGUACCGAUGAAGAGCAUCUUGAGGCUAUCGCUAAACGGUGCAUCAAAUAGUUUAUUCGGUCGGGAAUGUGUUGAUACCGUCGGAUUGCAUAUAGCGUACUCUACUGGAAUGUACAUACUUU